UAUACAUGUAUGACGUCGUCGUAUUGUUGUCUCAUCAUUGGAAUCGCCCGAAGUUUCCGAUUCUUCGGUUGUCAGUUUGUUCGCUCUUCUUUCUCUACUCGAGUACUUAAGUAAAUUUGAGAAUUGACAUUUUACCUGAGGUGAACUCUUGACGUCAUGGCUGCCCAUAGGCUGCUGCUAACUGUUCUCUGCUUCUGUGCCGUGCUAUGCUUGGUACAUGCAAAUCUGAGGGCCAAUCAUACUCAAAAGAUAAUAACCUCAAUGAGCUGUGGGUUUUCUGUAAAUGAAGUGCUAACAUCGUCAUCGUGUAACACAAACCUUCAGCAGGUCUUUAAGCUGCUUCAUGUGGACAGCGACAGGGUUCUUAUUGGAAGCACAGAAUGUCUGUAUGUUCUUGAUCGUAAUCUGACAUACAUCAAUUCAACCCAGCUAUCUCUGGAUGGUGUGGAUCUUGCCAAUUGUGAAAUCACUAAUUCUCAAGAGAAGGACUUCCUAUGCAAGAACUACAUCACAUAUGCGCAUGGAGUGAACGAAACAACAGCCCGUGUGUGUGGGACCUACGACUCUUUGAAUCCACGCUGUUGGACUUGUCGAUAUGAUGGCACAACUUUGCAGAGUUGCGGUGUUGGAUACAAGACCCUAGUUAUGCCAAGGACUCCAACAGAGAACUUCACAGUCACCGUCACUAACAUAACAGAUGGUUCUCCAGACUACUACUUCCUUGGAGGAUUAGACUCUAGCAAUGUUGAGAAAGUUCUAGCUAAAGUUAACUUUGUAGGUGAUGUCUCCUCAGCUGAGCCGGAAACGGAUGUUAACCAAGAAAACAUUUUAAAGGCACCAACAAACUUUGUAGGAUCAAUAGAACGCGGGGAAUUCAUCUAUUUCUUCUACCGAGAAACAGCCAUAGAAUAUGAGACCAUUGGACAGAUCAUAUACUCCCGGGUUGCUAGAGUUUGCAAGAAUGAUCCCGGAGGAGUAACAAAUCCCUUACGUGAUGAAUUCACUACAUUUCUUAAAACACGCUUGAUGUGUUCUGUUGGUGCUGAUUUCCCCUUCAUCUUCAAUGAAAUCCAGGAUGUGGUCCCAUCUCCUAGUGAUGAAAAUAUCAUCUAUGGAUUGUUCACUACCCCCAGUGCUGGGUCAUCUUCUACUGCAAUUUGUCGGUACAACAUGGACGAAAUUGAUGUCUUGUUCAAAGAAGACAAUCGCAGAGGUCAGGCAUCCUCAACAACGCUGUGGCAGAGUGUGACUAAACUUGCAGAGGAUACAGAGGACAGUAGGAGUUGCUCAACACCAUUCCAUGUUGAUGCAUAUAACUAUCUGGAGGAUUAUACUUUGCUGAACACCAAUGCACCGAAUUGCGGCCUGGACACAAUGUGCAAUGAUUACAGCCGCGCAACCGAUGAAGCCCUUGCUGUGUUUGAGGGCAUCCGUGGCCAACAGCUGGCAGUAUUCAAUGAAUCAUCCAACUCCAUCCUAGUCUACGUCGGCACCAAUAAUAAUACAAUCUAUGAAGCUAGCAUCGAUGCAAAUGAGGUCUUGAUCACAAGGCAGAUUGAAUUGGAGGUAGAUUCGGUUGACGAAACACAGAGAGCAAACAAGUGGCCGUUUGGAGUCAGUUAUCUUGAGGCAAACGGAGGGGUUAUCUAUGGAACUCUGGACAACGUUGCUUUUCGAUUUGAUCCCGAUUUUAAAGAAGCAGAUUUGAAGAUCCUUGAUCGAUCACCAGAUGUUUCCAAUUUCACCUUCCCUAUCAUCUUUGAUGAUGCCAGAAUCCAAAUCUUCAAACUCUUUGAGGGACCUGCUGGCUCUGAUAUAAAUGCAACCUUCUCAGGGGGAUUGGAGAAUCAUAAGUGCAGUCAGCAAGUCCUGAAGUCCACCGGGGCAGGAAAGAGGGAAUUCCUACAUGUCCUCUGUGAGAUAACUGCCCUUCAGGACAAUAUCAAUGGCAUUAUCACCGUUUCCAGCCCCUUGGACAGCAUCAUUGUUCUCAAUGUUACUGUAAACGUUGCUACAGACGAUUCAAAAAUGGUAGGAACUGGGAUCGCUGAGGAAGUUAAAUUGUAUGACGAACAAAUGGCUAAGUAUAGGUACGAAUUUCGCCAGUGGCUAGCUAAUAACGUGAAUUGCACUGAUGGAAUUAAGGAUACCUGCCCAGCUGCCAGUUCUCCAGGGUGUUUGUAAGCUCUGUGCUGCGAAAGCGUCAAAAUACUCUGUAGCAAGUUUUCAAGUCAACUCAUUACAACUCACUCUUGCAGUGAAAUGUGAAUGAAGAGUGGUUCUAAUUUGCAUCUUGGGCUGUAUUAAUCUUCUUCUCUUUUAAAAAAAAACUGAAAUAAAAGGUUUAGUAUACAAACUGCUGGGGAAAUUUGUCUGCUCUCCGACACUUGGUCUUGUUGAUACAGCCCUGGUGUACAUGCAUUCCCAUGUACAGUUUACAACUAAAUUAUUCAUGUUUUUACCAAGUUUUAAAGAAAAUGAGUGUGAAAUAUUGAUUUGUCCCAAUAUGACAUGUUAACGUUUACAUCUAUCAAGCAUGCUCUAAUUCAACCAGUCGACCUUUCAUUCUUGAGUUACAAAAAAACAAAAACAAACAAACAAACAACAACAACAACAACAACAAUAACAACAACAACAAAAAUUCAAUUUUACCAGAAGUACCGGUAUGAAUAAUUCAGUAAUGUUAGUUGUACAUGUAAUACAUGUAAAUGCCUAGGGUGGAGUUUCCAAACAUUUUGCCAUUGUAUAUUAGGGUCUGAAUGUCUGAAUCGGUCCUUCUUAUCAUAUGCAAUCUCCAGAAGAAAAAA